CAGAGUACAGAAUCAUACAUGUUCCGAAUCCGUAUCCAUAUCCAUAUCCAAAACUCAAUCAACACUGACUUUAGCGCCUCCACGCGCUCCACUCAGUGCGUGCAUUCCCACACCCCCCUCACCAAUAAAGAUGCAAUCGCGUUCACGUGGCUCUCCAUGCCACACGACAAAUCACACCCCCCCAAUUACUACUCUCCUUUCAUUUCUGGAUUCCUCUCUUAUCAAUCUCAAAACCAGCAUGAGCGCCGCCGCCGCCGCUCCGAUCACUGACCUGCCGGAGGCGAUUCUCGCCACCAUCAUCGGCCUGGUCUCCGACACCCGCUCCCGCAACUCGGUCGCCCUCGUCUGCCGCAAAUUCCGCAGCCUCGAGAGAGCCACGCGCACCUCUCUCAAGCUCCGCGGCAACGCGCGCGACCUCCACCUGAUCCCGACCUGCUUCACCUCCGUCUCCGACCUCGACCUCUCCCUCCUCUCGCCGUGGGGACACGCGCUGCUCUCCCCCUCCGCCUCCUCCACCGACCCCGCCCUCCUCGCCCAACGGCUCCGCGUCGCCUUCCCCUCCGUCACCUCCCUCACCGUCUACUCCCGAUCCUCCUCCACCGUCCAGAUUGUCGCCAAUCUCUGGCCGGGACUCCGCCGCGUCAAGCUCGUCCGGUGGCAUCUACGGCCGCAGUCGCCUCUCGGAGCCGACUUCGAGCCUCUCUUCCAGCAAUGCCAGACUCUGUCCGAUUUGGACUUGUCGGAAUUCUACUACUGGACCGAGGACCUCCCUCCGGUUCUGGAAGCCCAUCCCAACGUGGCCCGCUCUCUCACCAAGCUCAAUCUCCUGACGGCGUCGAUUACCGAGGGUUUCAAAGCCAUCGAGAUCCGAUCCAUCACCGAGGCCUGCCCCAAGCUUCAGCAGCUCUUCGUCGCUUGUAUUUUUGAUCCCAGAUACAUAGGGAUCGUCGGGGAGGAGGCUCUCUUGGCCAUAUCGACCAAUUGUCCGGAGCUCAGAGUCGUCCAUCUCAUCGAUACGUCGUCCUUGGCCAACGCGCGUGGGGAUCCAAACGACGACGGCUUCACAUCGGAGGACGCUCAGAUUGGGCGGGCGGCUUUGAUCGACUUCUUCUCCGGGCUUCCUUUGCUGGAAGAGCUGGUGCUAGAUGUGUGCAAGAACGUGAGGGACAGUGGAUUGGCCUUGGAGGUUCUUGCUUCCAAGUGUCCCAGACUGAGAGCUCUCAAGCUUGGCCAGUUCCAUGGGCUGUGCUCGGCGGUGGGUCCCCAGCUCGACGGCAUUGCUCUGUGUCAUGGGCUGGAGUCACUGUCGAUCAAGAACUCUGCGGAUUUGACAGAUAUGGGAUUGAUCGAAAUCGCGAGGGGGUGUUGUAAGCUUGCAAAGUUUGAGGUGUAUGGAUGCAAGAAAAUUACAGUGAAGGGGUUGAGGACGCUGGCUUGUUUGUUGAGGAAGACUUUAGUUGAUGUGAGCAUAUCUUGCUGUAAGAACCUGGAUGCUGCCGGCUCAGUCUGUGCUCUGGAGCCAAUUCGCGAUCGGAUUCAGCGUCUGCACAUAGAUUGUGUCUGGCCACGGGACUUUGAUCUCAAUCAAGUCAAUGAUUAUGAUGUUGGUGAUGAUGAAAGUGUUGUGAUGAGUCGGAAUGGUAAUGAUGACAUGGACCUGAAAUGGAGUGAUGAGUACGAGCACAGGAUCAGCAAGAAGUGCAAGUAUGGAUCAGAUGGGGACUGUUCCUAUAUGCCAACCAAUGGCUACGCGAAUGGAAAUGGGUUUUGGAGUGAUGAGACUUGGGAAAGGCUGCAGUACCUAUCACUUUGGAUUGAGGUGGGGGAGUUGCUGACAUCAUUGCCAGAGGUGGGUCUGGACGAGUGCCCCAAUCUGGAGGAGAUUCAGAUCCGGGUGGAAGGCGAUUGCAGGGGAAGGCACAAACCCACACAGCGAGAAUUCGGGUUAAGCUGCCUAUCCCGUUUUCCUCGGCUGUCAAAGAUGAAGCUGGAUUGUGGUGAUACUGUGGGAUUUGCACUGACUGCUCCACCAGGACAGAUGGACUUGUCACUUUGGGAGAGGUUCUUCCUCUCUGGGAUUGGAGAAUUGAGUCUCAGCGAAGUCGAUUAUUGGCCACCUCAAGACCGGGAUGUGAACCAGAGGAGUCUCUGGCUUCCAGCUGCCGGAUUGCUGGCAGAAUGCAUCACACUCCGGAAGCUUUUCAUCCAUGGGACUGCUCACGAACAUUUCAUGAUGUUCCUUGUGAGAAACCCAAACCUCAACCUCAGCUUAAGGGAUGUGCAACUGAGAGAGGAUUACUAUCCAGCGCCCGAAAAUGAAAUGAGUACAGAGAUGAGGGUGGACUCGUGCUGUCGCUUUGAAGAUGCGCUGAACAGGCGCACAAUCCUUGAUUGAAAGUGGAACUACUGAGAGUCAAUAGUAUGGAUCACAAGCAGUCAGAUUAUGUUAGUAUCUUACAUUCUUAAUGUUCUGUACGUUUUUUUUUUUUUCUUUCUUUCUUUCGGGGUUACAAGAGGCUGAAAGGCUUACGGAGUUCUGAACACGUUCGAUCCUCAUUU